CCUGCUGUGAAAUAGACUACUUCCGGUCUCCUCUCCAGUCUUUCAGGAAAAUGGCGGCCUUCGGACGUUUCUCUCAGAUGUUGUGGAGGUCUUCUCUGACCCAAACCCGGCGCCAGCUCUCUGCCGCCGCCGCUGCCGGUGGACACGGCGAACAGUCAGCGAAAACAUGGAAGAUCCUGUCGUUUGUUGUGGCCCUGCCGGGUGUGGCCGUGUGCAUGCUGAACACCUUCCUGAAGGAGAAGGAGCACAGCCACGAGCAGCCAGAGUUCGUCCCCUACAGCCACCUGCGCAUCCGCACCAAGCGUUUCCCCUGGGGAGAUGGGAACAAAACCCUUUUCCACAACCCUCAUGUCAAUGCCCUCCCCGACGGUUAUGAGGGGCAUGACGAGUAAACCCUGCAGACCUCAUCGCAGCUCAACAGCGCCCUCUGCUGUUACUGCAUCACACUCCUAUUUACAGUUUAUUUUUUGGGCUGAAUUGUUUACACCUCUGUGCUCCACAUGGAGCACCUGAACCAACAAUUCCUUCUUUCUGGACCAUUAAACCAAAUGUCAGCUUGAAUUAAAUUAACGUGAAUAAAUGACUUUUACUUCCUGA